GGUGCUCGUCCUUGCCAGCCGAGCCUCGCCGUGGUCAGCUAACGUGAACUGUCACGGCUGACAGAAGUACAACAGCGGGGGAGAUGGCUGUCAAGUGAAGUCACCGUCGGGCUGCUGGCGCUGAAACUCACCAGGAAAAUAGUGCCUUUUACACAACAACACAUUCUCUGUCACCACUCAACUUUAUGGUCAACAUCUCCACAACAAGGCUGCAGAGGAGAGUAAAACCUGACGGCUAAGCUAACGGCUAACUUGGGGUUAUUUAACACGCUUGAGCUAAACUUCAAAAUAACCCGCCGACGAUCAGCAUUACAGCCACGCAGGAUAUCAAAGUUUAACAAAUCUGAGUGCUGCUGUGUAAGAGGAGUUGGACUGAUUCACAGAGGAGGCUUUCGGGCAGACAAAGCAAGCAUAGCUCUCCGUUCCUGGUGGUACUAUCAUUCCCCCCAGUGGGUUGAAUUCAUGAGCUUGUUCAGUGUAUAGUCCAUGGGGAUGGGGAGUGGCGUUCACGAACAACGGGCAUCACUGACACAGGGAGAAGUGCUGCCGCUGGCUUCCUCCGGUCAGACAGAAGUGAGUUAUGAGGGCUUGAAGCGUACUCGAUCCGUCCUCAACUCGCUUUUCUCAGGAGCUUUAGCUGGAGCUGUGGCCAAGACUGCUGUUGCUCCACUGGAUAGAACGAAAAUCAUCUUCCAAGUGUCUUCGGCAAGAUUCUCUGCAAAGGAAGCUUACAAGUUGAUCUACCACACCUACCUGAAGAAUGGCUUCCUCAGUCUGUGGAGGGGCAACUCUGCCACCAUGGUGCGAGUCAUCCCAUAUGCUGCUAUCCAAUUCUGUGCACAUGAGCAGUACAAGAGGCUGCUGGGAGGCUACUAUGGCUUUCAGGGAAAAGUCCUACCUCCAGUCCCAAGAUUACUGGCUGGGUCUAUGGCUGGUACUACAGCAACCAUCCUGACCUAUCCUCUGGACAUGGUACGAGCUAGGAUGGCUGUAACGCCAAAGGAAAUGUACAGCAACAUUCUGCAUGUUUUUGUACGAAUCUCUCGUGAGGAGGGCCUGAAAACGCUGUAUCGAGGAUUCACUCCAACCAUACUUGGUGUUGUGCCCUAUGCUGGUCUUAGCUUCUUUACUUACGAAACACUGAAGAAGCUGCAUGCAGAGCAAAGCGGCCGCCCACAGCCCUACUCCUAUGAACGUCUGGCUUUUGGUGCCUGCGCCGGUCUCAUUGGCCAGUCGGCGUCUUACCCCCUGGAUGUGGUCAGACGGCGCAUGCAGACCGCAGGUGUCACGGGUCACACGUACCGAACCAUCCUGGGCACCAUGAAAGAGAUCGUGUCUGAGGAGGGGGUUAUCCGUGGACUCUACAAAGGUCUUAGUAUGAACUGGGUGAAAGGACCGAUCGCGGUGGGCAUCAGCUUCACCACAUUUGACCUUACACAGAUUCUCCUGAGGAAACUCCAUCAAAUGGGCUACACACGGUAAUCGUAAUACAGGGAGGGACAGAAAAGCAGGACGAGGGGCAUGAGAUCCUCAUAAUCACCCAGAAGUGAAAUGAAGACAGGGAAUUGAGAGACCCAAGAAUGUUAAUUGCUGAAUAGAAGCAAACACACAGUGACUCAGGAUGUGCAGGUGAUGGCAAGUUGCUGUUGCACAAAGGAAAACUGGGAGCGGUCAUUUUGUGUGUGUGCACAUAAAUUGUAAUGCCCCAGUCUUGGUGAACCAGACAUCUGAGUGCACUUUCAAGAGGUUUAGAGGUACACACACCUACCGCAUGUGUGCGCUUACAACAAACACUUUUUCACUGCCAAAGGUUCUGAUCUGAGCUCACUGCAGAUUAUUCGAUUUUAGUCAUGUUUAACGCUGGGACAAUGUUUCCCUACACAGAUGUUUAAAGUGGUAACAAGAACAUAUGGUUUGGUUUUCUUUGAGUUGAUUAUAUAAACUUUCUGAGUCUGGUGUUUUCGAGUGGGGCCCCUGAAGACUGAACUUCUAACUUUAUUUGUAUUUUCGCUGCUGCAGUGACAGCAGAAAGACGUGCUAUUGAUAUAUGCCAGUGCCAACACGUCUGAAGUAUAAAGAGUGCCCAUAUUGUUUUAUGUUUGAUUUCAAUGUGAAUACAUUAUUGGCUUUUAAACAACUGUAAAUUGUGGCUGGCAGUCUUUGAAUAAAUAUAUUUAACUUCAGUGAUAUCUCCUACUGACAUGAAGUCUUGAACACAUCAAGCCUAAUGGAUAAUUCCCCAAAUAUCUGAGAUUUUGCACUCGCCUCAAAUAUAGUAGAUGUGAUGUUUAAGCAUUACAACAUCCCUCAGAGUAUACUACCUUUGGGUAGUCACAUUUAUGCUGACACCAUGUGUUGCUUUAGAGAUAUUUUUAUUUUGUGUGGGGUUUAGAUUGCAACAUAUUGAUGCAUUUUUAACACGGUCAUCUGUAUGAGGAUGGUGUUUGACACGCGCUGAGUAUACUCAAUAUGAGGUGCUGUCUGUAUGACAGCUGCCUGAUGGGUUUCUUCACUGUCUGUUUUAUAGAAAUGACAAAGCACUAGUUCAGACUGUGACAGGUCCCGAGAUAACUUAAAAGUCCUACUUUAGGGAGGAUCUCUACACUAUAGAGCUGUAGCAGUAAUUGCUAAUUGAAUAACGUGACUGGAAAUAUGCAACUUGUAAAGGAGACUUACUUCAAUUUCACUAAUUUUAAUACGUUUAAGUGUUAACAGUAUUGUACUUUACCUCAGCAAAUAAUCAAAUAGUUGUCUAAUUAUUGUUAAAUUGGUUUGUUGUGUGGAGUAGAGGAUAACAAAGGGACUUUAUUUUAAAGCCAAAUAGCUAAGUUUAGGUGUGACAGCCUAUUGAUUCAGGCUCCCAGUCUCUGACAAGUGUCAAUGGUUUCAAUGCUUAGAAAGUGCGCACUUGGUGAGCAGCUGAAUGCAUAGCCAAGUGGGGCAGAGGGCAAGAUAGGCAUACUCGACCAGAAAAACAGUUGCCAUGUUCAGGACUGUUUAUUUACACAUGAUGAUCUCUUUACUAAGGCAGAACAAGUGAUUAUUUAUCAGUUUCCCAUAACAGCCACCAGGAGAGAUAGUUUUGUCUUUACUUUGAUAGUUUUAAGUGGGAAAAAAGCACUUUUUGUUUGUAGAGUUUGUAAAUGGGCUGUGUUUUCCGUUUUAAAUUAAUCUGAUUAACAACUUUUUUUGUCAAUUAACUAAUUGAUAAUACAGUGGGUGUUUUACUACCAGUUCUAGAAAAUUUACAAUGAUUGUGCAUAAAACAUACCUGCAUUUCAGCAGCAGUACUUCACUCCAACUACUAUAAAUGUGUGUACUUCCCCACUAGUUUUCAGAUGUCAAAGCUUAUUAAUUCAAUAUUUGAAAAAGCAAGACUGCUUGAACACGUUUAGCAUUCACUAGUGGCCCAAUACACUGAUGCUCAAUAUCAAUUCAGUCCGUGCUUCACAUCACUACAGCUCUAUUUGUUAAAGUUGCUGCUUUCCCCUCAUCCGGUGUUUCCCAAUUCAGGUUGUCAGGGCUCACUACCCUGCAUGUUUUGGAUUUUCUUUUUCUUUCUCUCUGCUCGAAAACACCUGGUUGACAUUGAUGAGUUGUUAACUGACUUGUACAAACCUUGAUGGCAGGCUGAAGGAUUGAGUCUAGUGUAUUGGAACAAGGGUUCCAGCGUACAGAGGGGUGGACAUGAGGAGCAGGAUUUGGAAAUGCUGCCCUAACAUGUCUGGUCAUCCUCUCGUUCACCUCUCCAUCUGCUUGCGGAUAUUGUGAUUCUCCUCACACAGCACAAGUGUAGAGAUCUGGUGAUCUAUCCUUUAUUCUCAUGUUCAGUGGAGCAGAGAGGCUUAGAAGCAGAUGAGUCUCUGUAGGUGAUUACGUUAGUCCAUACAAUGUAGUCUCUUGUCCUUUGUCUGUACACAGAAUAUCUUCAUGGUUCAAACUACCUGGAAACUGAAAGCUGAGUGAUGGGUAGUUACUGACGCCUAAGUGCCUAGCGAGGAAUAGUAAUGUUUUUACUAUGACGGAGCUAAUUCUGGGGACCUUUUUAAAGGUUGCUUCCACUUUCCAGCCUUUUCUCACUUUGAAGUUUUGAGUAAAUAGGAGGCAACACGUUUUUGAAAGUGGUCAUAAGUUUGGUGAUUAUUUGAUCUCAGUGAUUGAAUGUAUUAACUUCAAGUCCAGUUUUGUAUGUUUUUGUAAAAAUGAAACUGCCUUUUCAGAAUAUUGUUGUUUCUGCAGACACAUUUAUUAAGGGUCCCAGGUCAUCUAAAAAGCUCCGGAUUUAUCUUAAAGGAACAUGGAUAAUUUUUCAAAACAUGUUUUUUUUUUAACUUUGUUCUCAUUGGAAGGACAAUGAAAAAAUAACACAGAUUGUAGCAUAAUUUCAAAUCAGAUAAGUUGUAUAAAUGAAGCACUCAGUAAGAGUGAGAUGCUGUUAGACCCCAAGACAAUCAUUAAAUGCCAAAAAACAGUGUAUGUUGAGUUUUUGUUAGGGAAUUAAAAAAUUUCAAGGCAUAACAGCCGCAUAACUUAAAAAUGAAAUAACACAAUGAUCAAGCACUCGUGAUUAACUCGGGUACAGCUGUUGUCAAUCAACUUGGUUCCAAAAUAUGCUUUGGUUAGAAUAGAAAAGCCACAUAUGUUGAGUUGGCGUCAGCUUCAUAGUUGUUUUGGGGGGGGUUCUUAAACAAAUGUCAGGUAUAAAACCUUAAUGUGCAAUGAGACGGUACGAGUCUUUCGAAAUUCCAGCAACUUCAUCAAAUCGUUCCAGUUAGGUGGCAUGAACCCAGUAAAACUGCAUGAUAAGCAACAUUUCUACCUGUUAUUGUCUGCAAUUAGCACUCAUUUAGGCAGCUUUUUACCAACCUGUGGUAAGAAUAGACGGGCACACGUGCUGAGCCGGCGUUUGCUUCAUAACCAUAACUAAAGUUUUUUUUGCUUUCCCAUCUUCCUGUUCCCCCACUACUACUCCGCACCAGCGCGAUAGUCGCCCCCUAGUAGUGCCUGGAUGUGCAAUAGCGCUAAAGUAACCGAUACAUUUUGUAAUGAAUCAGUAAUUGGUGAAAGGGGAAACUAAUAUAUUAUGAUCAAAAAUAGAUAAGGGGGUUUGAUUUAUCACUCUGCCUAUCUUCAACCCUCUACUUUGUGCUUUUGUCUCGUGAGAUCAAAUGUUAUUGUGCAUCUUUCGUGACAAGUGCUGCAACACAAAUGCAGAAAUGCAUUUGUGAUCUUGUAUGAGUUGUGUUUCAGUGCAGCGACUAUUCAGACGGUGUUUUGUAAAUCCUUGUGAUUUGUGCCAACUGAAUGUAACAUAUCUACUAAAAUCACCGCACCAUGUCCAAGCUCUAGUGAUUAUGGUGUAUCUGUGGAAAUAUUUGCAAAUAUCAAAUUCUUAAAUAAAACUGGAUGUUGUUAACA